AUGAUGUACGAACAGCAACAACGGUUGCAGCAACCGGUGGAGAAGACGACAUAUAGGAAAGAUUCGAAUUCGAUUGAGGAAACUGAAAGGCUUGAAAUAGUUAACUUGAGUGGCAUGUCUUUGGAUUCUCUUCCUAACCCUUCUCUCAAUUUAGCUUCCAUUUGCAAGUUAGACCUAUCCAACAACAAUCUUCAGAAUAUUCCGGAAUCAUUGACGGCGAGAUUGGUGAACACGGUGGCGUUGGACGUGCACUCAAACCAGCUCAAAGCCCUGCCAAAUUCAAUUGGCUGCCUCUCAAAGCUCAAGUUUCUGAAUGCCUCCGGCAACCUCAUCCAACGCCUCCCCAAAACCAUUGAAAAUUGCAAAGCCUUAGAAGAUUUGAAUUUAAAUUUCAACAAGUUGAUUCAACUCCCAGAAAACCUAGGGUUUGAGCUGAUAAACCUGAAGAAACUAUCAAUCAACUCCAACAAACUUCUCUUCUUUCCACGCUCCAUCUCCUAUCUCACAUCUCUGAAAGUUCUAGACGCACGUCUCAACUGUCUCAGAUCUCUCCCAGCAGAUCUCGAGAAUCUCAUCAACCUCGAAACCCUAAACCUGAGUCAGAAUUUUCAUUUUUUGGAUUCAAUUCCAUACUCCAUAGGACUUUUAUUCUCUCUCGUUGAACUCGACAUCAGCUACAACAAGAUCAAGUCCUUGCCAGACUCCAUCGGUGGUCUCAGAAAGCUUCAAAUGCUGAGUGUGGAAGGGAACCCUCUGGUUUCACCACCGCCGGAAGUCGUGGAGCUUGGAUUGCAUGCAAUGAAGGAGUAUCUCGGGAACAAGAUGAACGCUGGCCAUCAGAGUCCGACUAAGAGUCCUACUAAGAAGAAGUCGUGGGUUGGACGUUUGGUUAAGUAUGGAACCUUCAGUGCCAGAAAUGGACCACGUGAAGAACGUGAAGCUUUCAUCGUCUCUGAGGAUGAUAAAUCUAUGGAAACUCUUGCUUCUUCUCGCUAUACGGGGAUGUUUUCGCCGCGUCGUCUUUUCUCCGGUCGUAAUUACUUUAGCCAUUGA